CCCCCUCAGCCCUUCCGAGGCGCCGUCAAUCUCGCGGCCAACGAUCUCUCCAUCCCAUCGACGGCCUGCAAUUCCUCACGAUGUUCUGGAUAUCUCAAAUACGAUGCCUCUCUCUCCUCGUCUGCCAGCAUCUCCGACCGCAAUUCCUCCACUGAAUACGGCGCAUUCAGAACAAACGGCCAUCUCGCCUCGGACACUCUUCACAUCGCUGGCGUUGACCUUCCCAAUCAAACCUUUAUCGAAGCGACAAAACAGAUUCAAUCAUCGCCAUUGUGGGAUCAUGAUUUCGAUACAAUCCUCGGAUUCUCUCCGACGGGCAAUCAAAGCACGAGGAUCGACAGUGUCUUUGCCUCCAUGAUCAACCAGAAGGCCCUGAAUGGCAAUCGCUUCUCCAUCAAACCACCCAACCACGAGAAUGAAACAGGCGCUCUGACUUUUGGCAUCACCGACGAUCAUCCGCGACUGGGCGAUCGCAUCCGGCGCGUGCCGUUGACGGCAACUGCCAUUCCCUUCAUGCCGACGCCGUGGCAGACCCGACUUGAUGCUAUUCACACCGUCAACGGCAGCGCCGUUCUGCACAACCACACCGUCAUUUUCGAACCGGCAAUGUCCACCCUCGGUCUCCCGGAUAUCAUUCUGGGUCCGUGGCUAAAAAUGAUCAAUCCGCGACCGUUGGGAUUUCUGCUGCAGGAGAUUGACUGCGGUCGACGCGACAGCAUGCCCAGCAUCUCGCUGGAGAUGGGCGGGCACAACUUUACCAUCGGGCCGUAUGAAUAUAGCUAUGAAGCGCAUUUUAAAGAAAGUGGUGAGGUGCACUGUAUCCUGGAUGUCACUGAGGGAACAGAAGACAUUUCUGUUCUUGGACUGUCUUUCCUACAGCGCUUCUACAGUGUGUUUGACUGGGAUAACAGGGAAAUCGGCUUGCUGCCGACCGAUCAAUUCCAUCGAUAAUAGCUUCAGUCAAACACUCUCAGCCUGUCUUCUGAUAUAAUCCACCACCGCAUCCGGCAUCACCAGCCACGGCGUAUGCGCCGUCGGGAUCGUCUCACUCUCCAUCAACGCCCCUUUUUGCCGCGCAUUCUCGACCAUCGCUUCCUGCACAAACAGGGGAAUUGCCCGGUCAUGCUCGCACUGAAGAUA